CAAUACAUUGUAUGUGGAAAUGGCUGAUUUUGGGUUUGCAAACUUUGGAGAUGAUGAUGAAAAUGAAGAGGAAACAGGAUUUGAUUUUCUGACAAGAGCUCAAAGAGACGGCUUAAUCUUCUUGGUUGACUGCUCCAAGUCUAUGUUUGAUAAAGAGGAUAUAGAUAAUGAGGAGGAGGAGUCCCAUUUUCAGCUUUGUCUGAGGUGUGCCAAGACGACUCUACAGAACAAGAUCAUCAGUAGUGAUAAAGAUCUUGUAGGAAUAGUCUUCUUUGGAACGGAAAAAUCCCAGAAUCCCAGUGAUUUCAAACACAUUUAUGUCUACCAGGGAUUAGAGCAGCCUGGAGCAGAACGGAUCUUGGAGUUAGAGAAUAUAAUUGAUGAGGGAAUGAAAACUUUUGACAAAGACUUUGGACACAACACAGCAUAUUCCCUGAAUGAUGCAUUAUGGACCUGCCAGAAUAUGUUUGCUAACAGUCCACAGAAGGUUUCCUAUAAGCGAAUCUUGUUGUUCACCAAUAAUGAUAACCCCCAUGCUGGCUCCCCACAGCUUCAGCGACAAGCGAAGACAAAGGCCAGUGAUCUUAAUGAAACUGGAAUUGAUCUGGAAUUGAUGCACCUUCAGAAGCCAAAUGAAAGCUUCAAUGUCAGCAAGUUUUACAAGGAUUUACUUUACACUGCCGAUGAUGACUUCACAGAAAUGGCAGAUCCAGCGGAAAGACUGGAGGAACUACUUACCAGGGUACGUUCAAAGGACCACAAGAAGAGAGCACUGAGGAGGAUUCCAUUAUCACUGGGGCCAGGGCUGGAUUUAGGGGUCGGAGUGUACACUCUAGUUCGUCCUUGUUACAAACCGUCAGCAGUAAAGCUAUACAGAAACACCAAUGAGGAACUCAAAACUCACUCCAAGACAUAUUUACAGGAAACUGGUGAAGUAUUGAUGCCACAGGACCUAAAGAAGGCACAAACUUACGGAGGAAAGAGAAUCAGCUUUGAAAAUGAUGAACUCAACCAGAUCAAAAAUUUUGGAGAAACUGGAUUUCAACUGAUGGGUUUCAAACCCUCCAGUCUUCUGAAAAAAUAUUACCAUGUUAAGCCAGCACAAUUUAUUUAUCCUGAUGAAACUACCAUCACAGGCAGCACCACACUGUUUACAGCACUUCUCAAGAAGUCAUUAGAAAGGGAUGUAACUCCAAUUUGCAAAUACAUCAGCGGCAAAAAUUUUCCUCCACGCUUUGUAGCACUAGUUCCUCAGGAGGAGGAGUUUGAUGAGCACAACGUGCAGAUUUCACCCCCAGGCUUCCAUGUGAUUUAUCUCCCUUAUGCUGAUGAUUUCAGAAAAGUAAAGUUCGAGGAACAACCCAAAGCUGAUGCUGGUCAGAUAGAAAAAGCAAAGGAGAUGAUUAAGAAGAUGAAGUUUACAUUUAACAGUGAGAACUUUGAGAACCCCUCACUACAGAAAUACUGGAGGAAUAUUGAGGCUUUGGCCCUUGACAGAGCAGCCCCUGAAGAGGUGGAGGACUUUACUUUGCCUGAUGAAGAGAGAAUGAAAAAGAAAGCAGGAGAAGCAAUCAAGAACUUUAAGGACAUUGUGUUCCCGAGUGGAUAUGAACCAGGGGCCAAAAAGAGGAAAGCAGGAGGAGCCGCUGGAAAUGCUGCAUCAAAAAAAGCAAAAACUGCAGAGGCUUCGGUGUCCAUCGACGUCAAAAAAGAGGCCGAGGCAGGAAGGCUUGGGAAGUUGACAGUGGCAGUUUUAAAGGAGAUUGUGAAAAAAGAAGGAAUUUCUGCCUCUGGCACAAGGAAAGCAGAUCUUAUAGAUGCCAUCAAUGACCAUUUUGGUUGUUAACCAGCUAUUGGAUCGUCAAUGUAAUCAUAAUUCAUGCAUGGCAGCACCAGCAUUUAAAAGACUCCAUAAACAAGCUUCAUUGUUGACCUGAACAUACGUAAUGUUAGAGAAAACAUUUGGUUGUGUGAGAGAAAUAAAGUCAGUAACAUUUGUAGCAUUUACAUUCGUAUCCUCAUGUUUGAGCUGAUACACAAUAAACAUGUUUAAGUGAU